AUGGCCAGGUCAGCUGAUCAGUUGCCAGUCACGUAUGUACAGCAGCUUUCUUUCUCUCUGAUUCCCCUCGCCCAGACUGAAGCCCACCACGCCUCGUAUGAGAGCCGUGGUCUUAACAAAGUCCCUCGGGGCUUCCCACCCAGGAUGCAGCUGCUCAAUCUCCGUGGCAACCACUUCCAUUUCAUCCCUGCCAGAAGCUUCCCGGGCACUGGUCGAGUUGUGUCUCUGUACCUGGACUUCUGUGAAAUCCACGAAAUCGAAGCUAGAGCCUUCCGUGGAAUGAGGAACCUGGUGUAUUUGUACCUGUCUGACAACGACCUCACGUCUUUGGAGCCCGAAGCUUUGGCAGGACUCCCAAAGCUCGUCUAUCUUCACCUGGAGGGGAACCGACUGACACAAUUCCCCGGAGCAGCUCUGUCACUCGUACCAAAUUUGUCCGUCCUGCAUCUGGAGCGAAACGCCAUCUCAAGGCUGGAGCCUGCUGGCUUACUGUGCUCAGCUGCUCCGUCACUGAUGAAGCUCUAUUUAAGGAGCAACGCCAUCAGUGAAAUCGCCAAGGGCGCCCUGGACUCUGCUAACAUUGAAACGCUUCACCUGGAUUCAAACCGGCUGACCCGGGUGCCGUCCGACGCUCUGACUGACACGCCGAACCUGACGGAGCUGAACCUGUCUCGAAACCCGGUCCAGUGGCUCGGACCCGAGACCUUCCAGGAGAUGUCACACAGUCUUCAGAGGCUUUACAUGAAUCAGAUGGGGAUGGAAGAGAUGUCGAAAGAGGCUCUGCUGGGCCUGGGUCCACGUCUGAAAGUUCUGACCGUGAGAGGAAACCAGCUGAAGACGCUUCCGGACCUGAGCCCGCUCAGCGGCCUCGAGAUGAUCGACCUGCGGGACAACCCUCUGGUCUGUGACUGUGACCUGCUGCCCCUGCGAAGGUGGAUGGAGAGAGUGAAGUUGGACGUUUUAGCAACAUGUCGUCACCCUCUAGAGCUUAAAGGUCAGAAGGUGAUGGACACCAAAGGGUUCGCAACCUGUCCAGAAAGCACAACUUCUCCGACUGAGACUGGAUCCUGCAGGACCCACGGCUGCAAGACUAAAAUCCACCAGAUGAAGAAGAAGGCCAGAAAAGCUCAGAGCACCCAGUGAAACAUAAGUAGGUCAAAAAACAAGAAGAUGGACAAAGCAAGUGGAGGAAAUUGAGUUUGUGUUAGAUUUUUAGUCUAUUAGUGUACUGUAGAAUCAAGUCAAAGUAGUUACUUUAGUGUUUAAUGGAAACAUGUGCAAUAGAGGUCAAAAUCCACUAUGAAUAUUUAUUUCCUGUUAUAGCUUUAUCUUGAGAAGACGUCUGGCUUAGGUUUUUUCUUUAUCAACAAAAUUUGUCAGAGGUGUGGAAAGUAACCAGUUACAUUCAGUCGUGUUACUGUAAUCAGGUGCAAUAUGUUUCUACACUGGACAUUUUUUGAAGUUGUGUAUAAAUCUCGAACUUUUACUCGUUUGUUUUUGAUUAACGUAUUUUACUCAGCUACAUUUUAAGUCAUGUCCGUUAAAGAGUAAAUAUAAAUAUAAAAAGGCUGCAAUGAUUCUUCAACACCAUGACAAUGUGAACACUCUGAAUAGUAUUUUUAAAUUACACCCAAUACCUCCCAAGUAUUCAUGACGUCCUGUGCUAACAUGUUUCAACGUGAGCCAAAUCUUUUAUUUAUAAAGUUCAUAAUUUAAUCAAAAGCUGUUUCAUACUGUUAUGUCAUAUUUUUCCUUUGUGAAAUCCAUCUGUGUAACUUUCUUUUGCUGAUUUAAAAAAAAAAGGUCAUUUUUCUUAAAAUAAAAUUGUAUUGAGGAAUUCUUUGCUUUUAUUUGAGUAAAUGUUUACACUGGGUACCUUGUAUUUUAAGUAAUGUUCUGUACUCUUUCCACCUAUUUUUCACUUUGAACACUGAGUCUGGUUCUCUUUCAACAAUAACCCCCUUCUUUUCCUCAAAUAUGGGGGCCUAAUGUUUACUAAUGCUUACUAAUGUUGAGUGCUUACUCUGUCUUGUGCCUCUUGUAAGGUUAUCCGUCAAACACGCACACAAAGGAGAA